CCAAGGGAACAUGAACGAAGAGCUUCAGAAUGAAAUUGAGGCCAUCAACUCCAUAUAUGGCGAUGGCACUCUGGUCAGAGCGACCGAACCCGCUACCUAUGUCCUACGACUACCAGAAGGAGACUCGUCGUUGAGAAUUCAGUUCCCAUUCGAAUACCCUUCUGCUCCUCCCACAAUACUCGGAACACAGAGCUCGGGGGAAACACGGAAAGGAGAAGCCGCACAUGUUGUCCAGAUAUUUAGAGAUGUCCUAGGGAAGUUAUACCAGCCUGGCGAAGUUUGCCUCUUCGACGUGAUCGAGGAAGUCAACAAUUCUCUGAGCAACGAAACGACGGAUCGAAUCGACGAUGAAGAUUUAGAAGGGCAUAAUAAGGCAUUCGCAGAGACUAUUGUGCCGCAGGACCAGUCAGCAGGCGGUAAAACUAACGUCUUCGAACCUCCUUGGACGAUUUCCGAUGUCGUGGUGGAAUUAAAGUCCGUCUUCAUUGCUCGCUCUGCACCAGUCACGUCUCCCAGCCAAGCAAAACAAUAUCUCCACCACUUGUUAGACAGCGACAAGAAAGUACGAUCUGCGACGCAUAAUAUCACCGCAUGGAGGAUCAAAGGCGAGAAUGGCGCUACGUAUCAAGAUUGCGAUGACGAUGGGGAGACAGCUGCUGGUGGAAGAGUGUUACAUCUGAUGCAGCUGAUGGAUCUCUGGGAUGUUAUGGUUGUUGUGACAAGAUGGUAUGGAGGACAUCAGCUUGGGCCAAAACGAUUCAGUAUCAUCAAUACAGUGGCUCGGGAUGCAUUUGUGAAGGGCGGCUUCGUGAAGGAAGAAGUCUCAACGAAGAAGAAAGGCAAACAUUGAACAAACGAGCUGUGCCGAUCAACUCCUAAUAUUCGGUCAAUUCCGCAUCAGGAACCUACGACAACCCGAACCUCGAAUCGUUGAGAGACUUCUGACAAGCACGGCAGACCCAUUACCACAACCUUACGCACGAUGAUCGAGAAAGACUCGAGGGAAUGAACG